AUGACUACUACGCAGCGUGCCUUUGAAGCGGCCAUGGUCGAUUUUAAGGACAAGGUCAAAGACCAAGGUUUCUACGACCAGAUUAUCCAAACAACUAGCAUCGAGCAAGUCUACCAGGACAUCCAGAAGCUUCAGGACAAGCAGGCAAAGUCCGGUCGCCUUCGCAACCUGUCCAGGAUCGAACCAUUUCUAGCUCGUCUUCGCGAAUACAGCGGUGUCGUUGAGACCUUUGUGCAAGCCAAGCCCGACAUCCUAGCGCUCAUAUGGGGCCCAAUCAAGCUUCUGUUGCUAUGGGCCGAUGUGCUCAAACAGUCAUUUGAUGCUCUUGUGAAUGCCCUGGAAGAGAUUGGGAACAUUCUACCCGACUUUUGCGAACUGGCCGAAAUGUUCGCGGAUAACAAUCGUCUGCAGGAACUGUUAGUGCUGUAUUUCCGCGACAUUCUUCAGUUCUACUUGAUCUCCACCAAGCUCUUUAGUAUGCGCCGUCUCAAAGUUGUGUUUGAGGUGUUCUGGCCAAGCCACAGAGACAGGAUACAGGUUGUGGUAAAACACAUGGCGAGCCAUCGCGAUCUCAUUAAAAAGGAAGUUCGCAUGGAGGAGAUCCGCAGAGCAGACGAAUUACGAAACCGCGAAUUGCAGCAUUUCGUACAGGCAGAGGAGAACAAUAUCGCUCAAGAAUAUGCAAGUCAUCGGGCACAUAUCUCACCGAAGAGCUACGAUCACGACCUGUAUCGUUUCAGCGAAGCUGUUUGCAAUGGAACCGGCAAAUGGCUCUUCCGGGACCCAUCGUUCCAGAAUUGGCUCAUCAACAAAGACAAAGCAAAGCCUUUGCUAUGGCUCCGAGGUAUCCCAGGAGCCGGCAAGACACUGCUCGCAAGUAGCGUGAUCAGGCACACUCAGUCAUUGGAUGGCACCCAUACUGUAUUCGCGUUUCUUACAUAUCUUAACAGUCAUAUUUCAGCACUCUCUAUCCUCCAUUCGUUAAUGUUCCAACUAGCGUCUACAUCUCUCUCACUCAAGACAUUGCUGUGCCAAUCAGACCUGCAACAUCUCGGCAACGAUUUUAAUGUCGCUACAACCCUUUUCCAAAUGCUUAUACAAAGUGCAGGGGUUGUGCGAGUCGUCGUUGACGGCUUAGAUGAGAUCGAACCUGCACAACGCUCAAGGCUGAUAAAGGAACUCCUGAGACUGAGUGCUGAAUGUGAAGAGUGCCAAGUCCUCUUAACUAGCCGUGCCGAAAGCGACAUCUCUGGUGAUUUAGACGGCAAGACUAUAGAUAUCCAGGUCGACAAGAAUAAUGCUGGUAGUAUCCAGGUCUUCAUCAACCAAACUAUGGGGGAAUGGUUCAAAGAGAGGGCCUUCAUCCAAGAUGUCCAAGACCAGCUCCAAGGCUGGGCUGCACCCCUAGCAUUCCGUGCAAAAGGAAUGUUUCUUUAUGUGAAGGUAAUACUCAGGAUAAUAUACUACAUCAACGAUAUCGAAGACAUACAAAACCAACUCGAACAUCUCCCAUCGUCUCUGGAGGAUGCUUAUGGUCGAGUUCUACAGCAAAUCAAUGCAUCUCCAGAUCCCCAGAGAAAAAGCCUUGCUCGCUCGAUACUUGGCUGGGUGGGAUGUGCCCCAUCACCCAUGACACUCAAAGAAAUUGAGCAGACCUUGCUUAUUGACCCCGACUGUCCUUCAAAUAUACCGAGAGUUAAAGCGAAGGUCAAUGUUGUGCGGGUCUGCGGCCCGAUUGUUGAUGUAGUAGAUGGUUACGUUCAGUUCGUUCAUUUUACUGUUCGAGAAUACAUCUUCAGCACCAAGAUUCAGAACUCCAUCACUCUUUCUGACAUGGCGCUUGACUUGGCUAUUCGUUGCCUGGUGUAUAUGUGCCAGGACCACCAUGACCCCGACCUCACCGAUGAUGAAACUGAUGCCAACAUUAUUUGGGGGGCAUAUCGCUUGCAUCACUUCUCAUCGAGCUUCUGGCUUGACUUGAUCCACGAAUAUUUGACCUUAUCUGACUCAAAUACCAUACCUGAUACUCUUAUUGAUCAGCUGAGAAUACUUCUCGAGACACGAUCAUCAGAUCAUUACACUGAGACUGACCAAAGCGAAAGUUCCCUACACCCAGCCAUUCUUGAUCUGAAGUCUCAAGAGCCUGCUUUGGUAGAGAUGCUAAAAGCCUGUACUGAAUUUCAGACAUCAUUGUCCAAGUCAGAUUUUCGGCUUGAUAAUCAGGAGCAGUGGUUUCACACCAGCCCGCUCUCCAUUCCCAAAAUUUCAAUUGCUCUCCAUGAGCGGCUCGAUGACCUUGAUCAUGAGGAAAUGUCCAUUCGGAAAUCACUUUCUUACCAUUAUGGACCCCGGUGCUUCAGAUGUGGGUUCUUAGACUGUCAUUAUCGUCGUUACGGCUUUGAGACAAAGACAGGCCGCCAAUUUCACGAAAAAGAUCAUCGAAAGCCGUGGAAUUGCAAUUACCCAGGCUGCCGCUUUGCGACCCAGGGCUUCAUCUCACGAAAGAUGAGAGAUGACCAUCUGAAAAGUGGACACUCACAUGCUGCAGAUCAUGUUUUGACACACACUGCCCCCCUUGAAAAGUUUGAAGAAGAAGAAAUCCAACCUCUUUUGUUUGAUUUGAUUGAAACUGACCGGGUGGAAAUUAUAACGUCACUGAUGCCUCGUUUAGGCCAUUUAACGCUUUUAGUGCAGGAAGAGCUGGCAAUCCACGCUGCCAAAAUGGGUUCUCACUCAAUCCUCCAAAUGUUCAACGACCGUGGGUUCCUAACUGGAGCAUUUAUGAACAAUUAUGGAAUGGACUGGGAAAGGUUUAGUGAUCUAGCCAAGAGUACAGUACGAAGUCAGAGCGUCAGCUUGUCCAAAAUUCUGUUUUGCUGGGUUGCGACGCUGAACUUGCGUUUAGGGACUCGGGACUUUUGUGUACGGAGAUGGGACACCCCCUUUCAAUCAGCAGUGAAUAGUAUAAUCGAAACCCUAGUAGUAGUAGAGUCUGAGGAUCUGUUUGAACUAUGGAACCCAAUACUGGCUUCAGGCUUCGGCAUUGCGGAUAAUAACGCGGUAGUUGCACGGGCAUUGACGUACGGGCGUGCUAUACGCAGUACUGAGAAUAUCGCAAGCCGCGAACGCAUGCUGCUGAAGAUUUGGAAAGAACACAAGGUUUUGGAGAAAAUGGAAGCGAAAGGUCGGCAUAAGGUUCUUUCAGGCAUUGCCAGUUCCAGCUGUUCCAUCUAUUUGGCGCGUUAUGCCAUUCAACAUGGCUGUGGGGUUGACACUCAGUCCAACGGUAACAGUCUAACAGCCUUACAAUUCGCAUCGAGAAAGACUACAAAAGAAGCAGCAUAUCUCAUGGAGUUCCUACUUCUUCAUGGAGCAGACCCAAACAAGCAGACGCCGAAAGGGAGGAUCAGGGACGGAAAAGGAGCUCGAGAAAUCUCAAAGUGGCUCGGGGUGACGUGGGACCAAUUAGUUGAAAGAACUACAGAGGAACGUCAGAGAAACAAGAAUAAUGACAAUGAAGGGUCUGGCGCUGCCUUAUAG